CAAAAAGUUCCUCCAAACGCCAAAAGUUGCUUAAAAGUUUCCGAGCACAAUGGGGACAGGCCUUGCAGUUUACCAAAAAGCAGUGGCUCAAGCUGUCAGGCUAACAUUUCAUUAAGGCUAGAGAGAGAAUUCAGGUGUAGGUUCAGAGGUUCGUAGUUUUUUUGAUUUAAACUAUAGCUUCAAAACAUUGACCAACAACCACGAGAUAGAAACUUACCAGCAGGUGGUGGCUAGCAUCAAAACACACUGCAAAAGGCUGAGUGUUUAUAUGCCUUUAAAGAUGCUGUGGCCAAAUUUUUGUCUCUUUAUCCCGGUUCUUUUCGCGGAAUGCGUAUCUGCUAAUGAACGGUGCAAGGUGGAGAUCAACAUCCAAGGCAUGAGACUUGAAAAGUUCGUCUUCAAAAGGAUGUCAGCAUCAGCUCCCUAUAUCUGUGAUAUCCGAUGUGGAGAAGAAAUCAUCUGCCAAAGCUACAACUACAAUAGAAAGAAGGAAAUCUGCGAACUAAACAACCGCACCAAAGAGGCGAGGCCUGAAAACUUUCGCUCGGCCCCUGAUUGGUUUUAUAUCAGGCGUUUGAAUGGAAGAGAUAUCGAUGAAUGCAAGAGUAAUAUCUCGCUCUGUAGCGUCAAUGCAAACUGUUCAAACACUUAUGGUUCGUAUAAAUGCACGUGCAAGGAGGGAUACAAUGGAACUGGAUAUGAGUGUAGAGAUAUCGAUGAAUGCAGAAAUGGCAGCCACCUUUGUGACGCAAAUGCCAAUUGCAUCAACAUCAAAGGCUCCUAUAACUGUACAUGCAAGAAAGGUUUUUUGGGAGACGGUCAGAUAUGUUCAGAUAUUGACGAAUGUGUAAAUGACAGCUUCAUUUGUGGUGUGAAUGCGACCUGUGUAAACACCAAUGGCUCUUAUGGUUGUACUUGCAAGGAGGAAGAAUCAGUUGAAGAUGGAGGUUUUUGUUCAGGUAAAGAAUGCCGAUCCAUUGUUUUCAAAGAACCCAUACGGGACAAGGUCAUGAAAGGCCACCUGAUCAGGCUUGUAGAUGUGCCCCAUCAAGGCAGCUGUAAUGUGUUGUGUUAUUUGGAGCCCAAUUGUGUGUCCAUAAAUUUUGGGCCUUCACAAGGAGGAAACUACAUUUGUGAGUUGAACAAUGCUUCGGACGAAAGUCAAGGCUCGUCAUACCUUCAGAGUAAACAAGAUCAUACCUAUCUCAGUAUCGAGAAUCCCUGCAGCAGCAGUCCCUGUUUCAACAAUGGCACAUGUCAAGCUGGAUACACUGAAAAAGGAUUUCGCUGUAAAUGUCCUUUAGGAUUCACUGGUGUAAACUGCAAGAAAGCCUGCAGCUUUGACUUUGAAGAUGGAAUCGGCGCGUGGGAGAUGACAGGCAGAGCCUUCAUUUACCAGCCAACAUUUGGUGAUAAUCCAAAAGCUCGCAAAAGAGAAAGCGCCCAGCAGCAAGGGGACUGGUGGAUAGGGGACUGUGAGAGACGACCCGCAAAGAGCGAUCCCGCAGGAAAGCAGCAUAUAGAUGGUUGCGACCCACCCGUGGGAACUCUCACUUCCCCUUGUUUUCGUAUCGUCGGCAAGAUGAUCUCGUUUCUCAUCGGUGGGGGAUGUAAAGUAAAUAAAGUUCGUGCGGAGCUUAUUGUCAACAACCAGAAAUGGCUUAUUUUGAGCUUACUUAUGGGAGAGUCCGUGAGAUAA